AUGAAGGCUGUAGCGCUCUUCAUUUGUCUUAUAGGAUCAGCUUUUGCUAUUCCAACCCAUCCCUUAAACUACAAACUCGGAACCCAUGGACAUAAAACUCCAGAAAAGACUGAAUAUAUUAAUCCUGAAGCCCCAAAGGAAGAGAACGCAGGUUAUGUAGAGAAGAGUGAUUUGCUGCCCAGUCACAAAAACCUAAAACCAGAGGUAUCAGUACCAGACGCUGAGCACCGCGAUGAGCUCCAGACCACUAGAAAACAAGGAAGAACUGGUAGCGAGCAUCAAGUGAAAAAUAGCCUAAAAAGCAUCAAUUUCCUUGCGCUGCACAAGAAACCAGGUUUGGCUUCUGAUAAUCAGGACAGUGACUCUGGAAGCAGCAGCAGAGAACAGUCCAGCUCUGAGCACUACCAGUUCAGGAGGCAUGAGAAACACAGCAAUACAGCCAGUCGACAUGUUCUGAGCAAUGCAGAAAAUCCAGUGGACGCUCUCAGUCUUGAUCAUGAGCAUAACAUGUGGAAAUAUAAUAAAAAUACAGUUGGCCUAUCUGAAAAAAACAGUGAAAGCGAUGAAGGUGUGGAAGAAGAGGAUGAGGAAUGGGGUGAAGAAACUGAUUACAGAGAUAUGAAGCACAAUGGCCACCAGACAAAUCAAGGUAACCAAUACAAAAAACAGCAAAAUGAAAACAGUAUGCAAUCUGAUGAAAUCCUGAGAGAUUCCAGUCAACCAAUCCGGUUAACCAAGAGACACGGUGAGAAAUUUGACCUAGAGGAAGAAGAGAGGGAAAACAGCCAGAAGAAGCCCGAUAAAGAAGAAAUCCCCCUCUCUCAGAAAACCCAUAACGAAGAUCAGGAUGACAAAUGGCAAAGCCAAGAGAGGAAAGACAAUAUUCAAGUAAACUAUCAGAGUGAUCACGACACAGUGGUGAAAAGACAAGAUACAGAGGACAGUAAUGUUGAUGAUGAUGGUCACGACAGUGUUGAUGGCAAGGAAGAUCUCAGCAAUACCUGGAAAGAAGCAGCCUACGAGGAAGAGGAGAGAAUCCAGAGUAAUGACCAGGACAGCACCAGUACUGAGCACGAAGGGGAAGGAACCACCAAAGAUGACACUGCAGUUCACAGAGAGACUGAGGAUUACCAAGAUGUCAAGAUUAAAGACCUUAUUCACUCUGAACAAGAUUAUUACAAUCAUGAGCCACCUAAUUCUGACAGCAAGCAACAACUGGAAACGAGUAGCUCUGUUCAGAGCAUGAAUUCAAUGGGAAGUGAAGAUAAGGUUAAGACUAUAGGCAGUUCCUAUGGUGAGAUGGAAAGUGCAAGCAACAGGAGUGAGAAGGCUCUCCUGGACCCAUGUAGGAACUUCCACUGCAAAAGAGGUAAAGUCUGCCAUGUGGACAAACAAGGGAAACCCAGCUGUAUCUGCCAAGAUCCUGCUGCUUGCCCUUCCACCAAAGACUAUGAGCAUGUUUGUGGUACAGAUAAUAAGACUUAUGAUGGCACAUGUCAACUCUUUGGCACCAAAUGUCAACUUGAAGGGACAAAAAUGGGACGCCAGCUGCACCUAGACUAUAUGGGCUCCUGCAAAUACAUUCCCCACUGUACUGAUUAUGAAGUGGAUCAGUUCCCCCUCCGGAUGCGAGACUGGCUCAAAAACAUCCUUAUGCAAUAUUACGAACGUGAUCUGGAUACUUCUGGAUUUCUAACUGAAAAGCAAAGGAGUAAGGUCAAAAAAAUCUACCAGAAUGACAAGCGCCUCGUGGCUGGCAACCAUGCAGUUGAGCUGCUCCUGCAUGACUUUGAGAAAAAUUAUCACAUGUAUGUGUAUCCUGUACACUGGCAAUUUCAUCAGCUUGAUCAGCACCCUGUUGACAGAUUAUUAACACACUCAGAGCUCGCGCCUUUGAGAGCCUCCCUUGUUCCCAUGGAACACUGCAUAACCCGUUUCUUCCAAGAGUGCGAUGGAGACCAAGACAAACUCAUUGCUUUGAAGGAAUGGUGCCACUGCUUUGGGAUUAAGGAAGAAGACAUAAAUGAAAAUCUCCUGGUCUGA